UCAUCUGAGCAUCAUUCAAAAACAUUCUGCCCAUCUAUGAAUUAUUCCCAGACUCUUCACUCGGGGCAGUGUUACAAGUCCUCUGCUGGCGGGAGGGAGCAAUCCAACAAAAUCUGAAGACCCAGGACUUUGAGAAGCUGUGAUGAGCAGACUAGGAAGCACAAAACAUUGUGAGAUGAAUGGAACUCAAUAAUAAGCUUUUAGAGGUGAUUUAGCCAGGUCUGGCAGAGGAAGCUAAGAAAAAGACAGCAAGCAUUGUAGUGUAAAUCACUGCAAACCCACAGGGUGUGCCUGCCCUAGGAAGCUAAUGAUCUCUUCAGGAACAAACUGACUGCAGUUAUCCAGAAAGAGAACAUGAUGUAGAAGGGGAAGACAGACCCCCAGAUAUCCCGAGGAUGGCAUGGUGACACAGGCAUCUUCCCAUGACUGGGAGCAUCUUUACCUGCGGGUCCCGGCCCAGGCCAGUGGCAUCGUGGCUGAAGGAACUUGUCUACUGCUUUCCCGAAAAUCUCUUUCUCUCCUAAUUCAUGAGCCAGCAGGAUGCAGUCGCUGCGCUUUCAGAACGCCUUCUCAUAGCUGCAUAUAAAGGCCAAGCAGAGAAUGUGGUUCAGCUCAUCAACAAGGGCGCCAAGGUAGCGGUUACCAAGCAUGGCCGGACGCCCCUGCAUCUUGCUGCCAAUAAGGGCCAUCUUUCUGUGGUCCAGAUCUUGCUGAAGGCUGGCUGUGACCUUGACGUCCAGGAUGAUGGGGAUCAGACCGCCCUGCACCGGGCCACAGUGGUGGGGAACAUCGAGAUCAUCGCCGCUCUCAUCCAGGAAGGCUGUGCUCUGGACCGACAAGACAAGGACGGGAACACAGCACUGCACGAAGCUUCCUGGCAUGGUUUCAGCCAGUCAGCCAAGCUGCUUGUUAAGGCCGGAGCCAACGUGCUUGCCAAGAACAAGGCGGGGAACACGGCUCUGCACCUGGCCUGCCAGAACAGUCACUCCCAGAGCACCCGCAUCCUCCUGCUGGGCGGGUCCCGCGCAGACCUCAAAAAUAAUGCAGGAGACACCUGUUUGCACGUUGCUGCGCGGUAUAAUCACUUGUCCAUCAUUAAGCUCCUCCUCAGUGCUUUCUGUUCUGUCCAUGAAAAGAACCAGGCUGGUGACACAGCUCUGCAUAUUGCUGCUGCCCUAAAUCACAAGAAGGUGGUUAAAAUCUUACUGGAAGCUGGAGCAGAUGGGACCAUUGUUAAUAACGCAGGCCAGACUCCGCUGGAGACUGCCCGCUACCACGAUAAUCCAGAAGUUGCUCUUCUUCUCACCAAAGCUCCCCAGGUCUUGCGCUUCAGUCGUGGGCGAAGCCUGAGGAAAAAGAGAGAGAGGCUCAAGGAAGAAAGGAGAGCUCAGUCUGUGCCGAGAGAUGAGGUGGCACAAAGCAAGGGUAGUGUCUCAGCAGGAGACACCCCUAGCAGUGAACAGGUUGCACCCAGAAAAGAAGACACCAGAGAAGAUAUCCUGUCAGCUUCCCCAGAGCCCAGAGCCAAGGACAAUACUCACAGAAAGUCAAGGCCCAAGGUAUCAGCGUUUUCUGACCCCACCCCACCAGCAGACCAACAGCCUGGACGCCAGAAGAACUCUCACACUCAUAAUCACUCUAAAAAGAGACCCAGGCAUCGAAGUUCACCGCCACCCCCUCCCCAUGAGUUUAGAGCCUACCAGCUCUACACCCUGUACAGGGGCAAGGAUGGGAAAGUCAUGCAGGCACCAAUAAACGGUUGUCGAUGUGAACCCCUAAUCAACAAGCUGGAGAAUCAGUUGGAGGCAACUGUGGAGGACCUCAAAGCAGAACUGGGGUCAGUCCAGGAUAGAAUGAAUACCAAGCUGGGGCACAUGGAGAAUAAGAACCAGCACCAAAUGCGGGUUCUGGACAAGCUGAUGGUUGAGCGACUCUCUGCAGAGAGGACGGAGUGCCUGCACCGCCUGCAGCAGCAUGCAGACACAGAGAAGCACGAGAGGGACAAACGACAGAUGACUUUGGUAGAUGAAUUAAAAACCUGGUGCCUGGUAAAGAUUCAGAAUCUGGAGCUGAAGCUUUCUGGAGAUUCUAGGCCCACUAGGGCCAAAUCUACACCAUCUACUUGCGAGUCCUCCACAGGUAUGGAUCAAUCAGUGGUGACUUCAGGUCCAGUAGCAGCUUCUGACACUUCCCCUCAGGUGGUUAGGCCUAAGGAAAAGGCCCUAAGCUCCACUGCCACCCACAGACUCCAGCAGGAGCUGUCUUCCUCUGACUGCACAGGCUCCCGGCUGAGGAAUGUCAAGGUUCAGACUGCCUCGCUGCCUUACAACGAGGCAGCCAGAUUGGAUCCGCAGGCUGGGCCCAGCGUCGAUAGAGGCACCCAAACCAAGAAGUCUGGGAAAAGCGGGCAAAUGAGGCAUCGAGGCCAGCAUCAGGCACCUGGCGCCACCUGUGGGCGGCCGCCACCAGCAGCAGGCAGUGAGCAGCCCGCCCCUCAUGCUCGAAACACCUCCCAGGCUCUGGAGCUCACUCAGUAUUUUUUUGAGGCUGUUUCUACCCAGAUGGAAAAGUGGUAUGAAAGGAAGAUUGAAGAAGCCCGGAGUCAAGCAAGUCAGAAAGCCCAGCAAGACAAGGCCACGCUGAAGGAACAUAUUAAAAGCUUAGAAGAAGAACUUGCUAAACUGAGGACUAAGGUGCAGAAGGAGAACUAGGUCCUGGGAAGUAGCUCGAGAAAGAAAUCUUAGGGUUUCUGGUUUUGCAGCUGCCAGAUAGCCAUGCCCAGAGUGUCCAUGACUGUGCACGCAGCCAACUUGCCUUUAAAAAAUUACUUCUAAAAUGUACCAGGCACAUGCUUCCUAUGCCCUGAAGUUAUGAAGACUUCAACAAUUAAAGUGAAAACGGGAUGCUUGCUUAGUUUUCAAUUUCAUUGUAGGCUCAGAACCUCAGUCGGGGUUCAUCUGAAGGUCAUAAGCUCCAAUUCAGCAAACCACGCCAAGAAGCUAAAUGACGUGUGGAUCUAAGCCCUAAGACACAGGAUGUUUGGAAUAAUGUAUAUCAAGAGCAAAACAAAAAUUAAUCCCUGAAUUAGUGAAUGCAUAGUAAGUCAUCCCGUAAACACUGCUGUGCCUGGACAGGAGUGGUCUAUGACAGCUAUGGCCAAGUGGCACUAAACCCUUGCUUGAAAAUUGUUAAUUCUCAAAAAAAAUGCUGACAUUUUCAGGUGAAAACUUACCAAAUUUUGAGGAGCAAGAUUUUCAUGAUUAGUAUAUGUUCAAGUAUUUUUGAAAAAUCGGUGUAGUUAGAUUUGAGUAGUUGACUGACCACAUUGGGACUGUUUGCUCAUAAUGAACUCAAGUGAGGAGGUUCUAACCAUUUGAUCAUUGUUUCUGUAUUUUUAGCCAAAAGACAGAAAUACUACAAAUGAUGAAUUGUAGUGAUUUGUAAACUAGAUUAGUGGGGAUAACAUAUAAUUACCUGGAACUUUUACAACCUAUUUAUAAUCAAGCCCGGUUAUCUUAAGAGUACCUAUCAGAAUUUGAGCUUAUUUGUCUACAUCUUAUCAAGAGAUGUUUAGUUCUUCAAAGUACUUCAUUUUGAAUUGAGCUUUUGGCAUUGAGGAACCUCAAAGGCUUCCCCCGCUUUGCAGUGACUGUCCAGGUGAGUCAGUGACUUGUCUAGUGCCCGCUGGCCCCUGGUCUUAUGGAGCCAGUAAGGAUUUUGCUCUGCUCUGUGGAGGGUAGAGUUGCGGAAGUUGCAUGGGGCUGUAGAGACUCUGGAUCUAAUUACCUUCGAAGUUCCUGUCCUUUGGAAUGCGGAACUGUUAAUCCUCAAAAUUCCAGGUAUGCAUACAAACUUGUAUACACAUAAAACUGUGUACUAUUAUCUAAGAUUUUAUAUAAAAUGUUGCUCGUUGAGGCAAAGAGAAAAGGACCUGUUGACAUGGGAAUACUCAAAAGAAAGUAUGUGUUUAGUUCCUUUGGUUUUUUGCCUAUCAAGUUCACUAUAUGUGUUUGUGUGUGUAUGUAUUUUAAUAAUGGCAAUCUACAGAGAGGUAUGGCUGAUGAACACAGCUUUAGAUGUUUGUUACCAUUAUAGAACCUGAAUAAGGGAUUCGACCUUCUCAAGGUUAUUUUCACUUUUGUGAUUUCUUCUUUCUCAGUUAGGACCUUUAGGUAGAUGAUGCCUCCCUAGAGUCAGGCCGUUGUUAAAUACAGCAGCAGCACCUUCCUCCUUCCAUCUCCCUCAUUCUUAAUGCAGGUUCCUAGAAUUAUAAUGCUAAGUGGCCCCUUCAGAUUUCUAAGUCUAGCCCCCAAAAGGCAACACUAAUCUUCUUGAGAAUAAUUUCAGAUCUACACACCAAAUUUAUAAUAUAUUGCAAGUUGCCUAGUAGUCAGGAGAUCAAACUUAGUGAUGUCCAUUAAGUCAUAAUCCAAGUAGGACUUAUUUUCACUUAUCAAAAUACCUCGUUACCUCAUUGAGAAAUACUGAAAGCUGAUGAAAUUUUAAUUUAUUGAGGUCGUGUGGUGCUUUGAUAAGUAUUUUGACUGGUACCCACCAGAUGCAGGGAACUUAUUGUAAACUGUUACUCUUACCAAAAUCACAGGAAAAUUAAACUCUUGGGAGAGCAAGGAAGUCAGAGGCAGCUAUUCUGGCAGACUGUGUUCUCUGUCAUACGGUGGAAAAUCAGUAGCGACGAGCAAAUAGAACAGAGCCCACCGACCUCCUAACCCAAAGACAUGGCAGCAACUCAGGACCAAGUUUUUCA